UGAAAGGUACGGCACGGAACGGACAAUAGGGAAAAUAUAACAAUGGCGGACAAAGCAGCGGUGGAGGAUUUUGGCAAAAUGAAAGUUACAGACUUGAAGAAAGCAUUGAAGGAGAGAGGUUUACCAUUGACAGGAACUAAAAGUGAACUUCUCGACAGGCUUAAAGCAGAUGUGCAGACUGAGGAAGAAGAUCUUAUAAUAGAAGAUAUACCGUUCUUUGAUGACAAGUUGCUUGACUCUACAACAGAAACAACUGCUACAAUAGAAGAUUCCAUUUUGGAUGACAAUGUUGAUCUGUCCGAGCCAGAGCCUACCCCUAAACCAGUUGUUACUCCGAAAAAAGCUGAACCUGUUGUGAAGGAAGUCACCUCUCCACAGUAA